UCCACGAUCACUCUCCAUCGAGUAAACUCUAAAGGCUGGAGCAGAAGCAAGCUACGGAGACCAGACGAUUCCAUUCUGAGAGAGAAGAAAGACGAACAAUGGCUUCUUCUUCUUCUUCCUCGUUGUCAUCGCCGUCGCCGUUUGAUUUCUCGGCUUUACCGGUCAUGUCGCUCAGGGAGAGAAUCGUCGAGAAAAUCCGUCAGAAUCGCGUCACGCUUAUCAUCGGCGAAACUGGCUGUGGGAAGAGCUCUCAAAUUCCUCAGUUUCUUUUGGAAGAAGACAUGGGGCCCAUUCUUUGUACGCAACCUAGGCGUUUUGCUGUUGUUGCCAUUGCGAAUAUGGUUGCUAGAGCUCGUAACUGUAACGUGGGAGAAGAGGUUGGAUAUCAUAUAGGUCAUUCAAAGCACUCCUCGGAAAAAUCGAAGAUUGUUUUUAAAACUGCUGGGGUUUUGUUGGAGGAAAUGCGCGAUAGGGGUUUAAAGGCACUCGAUUACAAGGUGAUUGUACUCGAUGAAGUGCAUGAAAGAUCAGUGGAGUCUGAUCUUGUUCUUGUGUGCGUGAAGCAGUUUCUGUCGAAGCACCAUGAUCUGAGGGUGGUAUUGAUGUCAGCAACUGCUGAUAUUGGAAGGUAUAGGGAUUAUUUCAAGGACCUUGGUAGAGGCGAACGUGUUGAAGUGCUUGCAAUUCCUAAUUCAAACCAAAAAUCUUUUUUUGAACGAAAAGUUUCAUAUCUCGAAGAGGUUACUGAAUUACUUGGGAUCGAGUCAGAUCUACAAUCUUCUAGAUAUUGUAAUGGCUUCAGCCCUUCUACAUCUUCUGCGGAAAUUAAGCCUGAAGUACACAGACUUAUUCACAAUCUAUUGUUGCAUAUUCAUAAGAAUGAGUCUGAUAUUGAAAAGAGUGUCUUGAUUUUUCUUCCUACGUAUUAUACCCUGGAGCAACAAUGGCAUCUUCUGAAGUCUCUUAGUUCUUUUAAGGUUUAUAUUUUACAUAGCAGUAUUGACAUCGAAGAAGCACUGACAGCUAUGAGGAUUUGGAAGUCACAUCGGAAGGUAAUAUUAGCAACAAAUAUUGCCGAAUCAUCCGUCACAAUACCAAAAGUAGCAUAUGUAAUCGACUCAUGCAGGUCUUUACAAGUGUAUUGGGAUAAUAAUCAGAAAAAGGACACUGCACAGGUUGCCUGGAUUUCUAAAUCUCAGGCUGAGCAGCGUAGAGGAAGGACUGGUCGAACCUGUGAUGGGCAAGUUUAUCGAUUGGUAACAAGAUCAUUUUACCACAACUUUGAAGAUUUUGAACGACCGGAUAUCCUGAGGUUAUCAUUGAGGCAGCAAGUACUUUUAAUUUGCUCGACAGAAUCCAAAGCAAUUAAUGAUCCAACUGUCUUGCUGCAGAAAACUCUUGAUCCACCUGCUGCCAAUGUUGUUGAAGAUGCAUUGAGUCUGCUUGUUCACAUGCAAGCACUUAAAAGAUCUCCAAGAUGCCGAUAUGAACCUACAUAUUAUGGAAGUCUACUAGCCAGUUUCUCAUUGUCAUUUGAUUCUUCUGUGCUGAUACUCAAGUUUGGGGACAUUGGAAUGCUCCACGAGGGAAUUUUGCUAGGCAUAUUAAUGGAUACACAGCCUUUACCUGUACUUCGUCCUUUUGGAGAGAAUAAUUUGUAUGCAGACUACAUAAAAAGCUACUUUGAUGGAGAAAGCAUUGAUACAAUUCAACUUGGCUUUAAAGAAAUGGCAUUGUUGGGAAAUUUGCAUGCAUUCCACUUCUGGGAAAGAGUUUAUAAGGAUAAGAUUCGAGUUGAAUAUUUGAACAAACUUGUAAAUCCAAAUAAAAUGCAAAAUACCACAUCUCCACCUUCCAAGAAUGAAGAAGAAUGGUGUUCUUUUCACAGACUUGUGCAUUCAUCUCUAAAUCACGUCUCUGAAAUGUAUGAAGAUAUCAUACAUACGUUGCACCAGUUUCGACCCAGAUUUUUGGGUAUGUGUGACAUUCUAAGAUCAUCCUAUGCUCCUACUCAGUUUCAGCAUUCAUGUGUUCUUAAAUGUCUCGAGAAUGGAGAUGACCAGUCAAGUGAAUCAAGAACCUGUGUGUCUCUACCUUAUGUUGCUUCCAGCUAUUCUCGGACUAAUCAAGUAGCCGGGAAGUUGGUAGAUGUGAUCAAACAGAUGAAAGUUCUGUAUGCGAAAGAACCAAACAAUCAGUCCUUAAGUUCUAUGAACGAUGGUUUUAAUGUCCAUAAUGGGACCUCUCUUUGUGUUUACUUUCUCAAUGGAUCCUGCAACCGAGGCGAUCAGUGUUUAUUUUCUCACUCACUUCAAUCAAAGAGAGCCACUUGCAAGUUUUUCUUCUCUCUCCAGGGUUGUCGAAAUGGAGACUCUUGUUUCUUUUCUCAUGAUCAGAGUCCAUCAAAAUCUCUUUCACUUAAAUCAACUUUAUGCCUGCCAGAAGAUGCCAAUGCUCAUGCUUCAACGCUUGAAAAAUAUUUUCCUAAAUCAGGUGGACGCAUUCUUGUCAUGGACGACGCUGGGUUUCAUUUCUCAUCAAACUUGGCAUGCCACUGUGAUCCAUCCAAAAUAAUUUGUACAACUAACCUUUCAUAUUCAGAUAUCUAUGAUGCUUCAUUAGAUGACGCAAAAAAAUUCUGGGAACUUUCCCACCCUGAUGAAACCAUCAUUUCCAAUGGGAAAAAUCAAAUUCCCUGGCAUGAUGUUAAAUGUAUAUUGUGGUUUCCACGUUUCGCGAGUUCAAAGGAAAAUUUGGACAUAGAGAAGAUCCUGUUGCAGAAUUUCUUUGAUCUUCUGGCCAUCCGGAUAUUGGCCGAUGCACUUCAUGGGGUUCAAGUUAUUCUUACCAUGAAUAACAUCAGAUUUUCACAACUGCAGGUUGAGAAGUUGGGGAGAGAGAGCUUUUUCUUCCUAAGCGAGUCAUUCCCAUAUGACGAAAGAAGCUUUGGGGAGUUGCCAGACAAGCUAACGACUAAAAGGGGGAUGUUGACAUCAAAGCCGGUCUCCUAUGUUUUCGACUUGCAACCACCUAGUAGCGUCCUGUUUGGUAACUAUCGAGCAACACUUCGUCAAUGCCUAUACGAUGUCGAAAGAGAUGUAAAGGAGAUCUCUCUGGUUCGUCCUCAGUCUCUUUGUUGAUAUAGGUAUGGGAAUUUUAUUUUUGUCUAUAGCAUCUUGCCUUGAUUCUACGUAUUUGAAGAAUUGAAGGUCACUUAAAUUAUAAAUGAUCAAGUGAAGUUAAUGGCUUAUUUCACGUGCAACUUAGGAAAAUUGAUUGAAAGUAGAAUGCUUGUGAUUAGUAUGGCUUGUGAAUAGUUUUAGGGAUUGGGUUUGGAGAAGAGAGUAUUAUUAUGUUUUAAUAUUGAAAUUUGUAGAAAAGUGCUGCAAAUGUUUAUACACACUGAUAGCGAGGAAGGAUAAAUUCAUCUAAAAAUGAGAUUGGGUGAAUUUUGUUUUUUGUUUU